AUGUUAGAAAAAAAGUUUGCUGACAUUGACAAGAAAUUUGAGAAUGUUUUAAACAAGAACAAGAGGAAGUUGGAAAAUGCUCAGAUAAAACCCAUACAUGACAAGUUCUUAUUUGCUCAGAAUGGUAUAACAGGUCUAAUCGCACCACCUGGGUCGGGUAAGACUUUCACUUAUCUUAAAAUGGCUGCACAACAACAAGAACUAGAUGAGAAGAACCCAUUCUAUGAGUUAGUUGUUAUUUGUAGUACUUCUGGUCAAUUUGACCAAACCGUCAAUUCGUUCAAAGAUAUUAUAAAAAAGUCUAAGUUAGUAUGUAUAAAAGACUCUGAGUUGUUAGAUUGGAUAAAGAAGUACCAAAGAAGAGUUUUGAAGUACAAUGCUAUAAAUGAGUAUAUAAAUUCUAAGUUUAAAGACCCAAAUGAGGAAAUCAGAGAAUAUUAG